AUGUUCCAUUUGAUUUCGCUCACCUCGCUUUUCAACAUGCACGCCCUGCUGCUGUCGCUGGUAUGUGGUGCAGCCGCGGCUGCAUCCUGCGAAGGCGACCUGGAGAGCUUGCUGCAACGGCCGAAAGCGAUUUCGCUGCAGCAGAGUUUGCAGCAUGCGCCCGACUACAUGCAGGAUCUGAUCAAGUCAAGGGAUGACGAGAAGCGGGUGCCGAAACACCCCAGAGAUUGCGUGCUGCUGGGCUCCAGCAGCAUGCUUUGCGUCUUGUGGGUCCUGGUGGUCGUCGCAGCGGUCUGGGACAUUUGCGCAAGAGGCUGCGCCAAAGGCGUGAAGCUGGGAGCUUCGUGCCUCGUGUUGGCGCUGAACGUCGUGGCCGCGCGCUUCGGCGCCGGGGUUUGCCUCGGCACCUGCUUCGGGGCCUCCGCUCUGGCGCUGGUGGGGUGCUUGAAGGAACUCUUCAUGGCCCAGAACCAGAAGGAAUGCCCGAAGGAGGAAUGCCCGAAGGAGGAAUGCCAGAAGGAUUUCACGGACCAGAAGGACCAGAAGAAGGAGGCCACCGGCUUUGGCGCGAAGAUUGUGUGGGUGGUCUCGGGGUUCUUGGCCUUGGAGGCAGCGGGCCUCCUGUCGAUGCAGUCGGGGCUGAUUUUCUUCGCCUGGGUACUGAGCUUGGUGGCAGGGAGCGCGGCCGUGUUGAUGUGCCAUGUGGUGUUGGAGGGCUACGAGGUGCCCCACGUCUUCUGGGCCAGCCUCACCGGUCACGUGGUACUGCCCUUGGCGCUGGUGCUCGCCUACGCCGAGUCGCAGCCCCACGUUGGCGCGCCGUUGCUCCACUGCGUGACGAAGGCGCAUCACGACGGCUUUCUGUCCAUGCGCUACAGCGCCAUGGCUGCCAUGGGCCAGGGCUUUUUCAUUUGGCUGCUCUGGCUUUGCUACACCGUGGCGGGCUGGUGGCAAGGCGGCAACAGCUUCUGCCGCGUGGCCUUUCUAGGGCUCGUGCUGCUGCUGCUCUCCCCCUCCAUGUCUUCGCUCACAGGCAGAGACAUCUUCUACGGGCCUUGGGCCAUGUUCGGUGGCGACCAUGACGGAUGGCAGUGCUCGCCGUCAGGCUACGUGGUCUUUGCGCUGGCUGCGGCCGCGGUGGUCUUGAUGAUCUUCAAGGGCGGGCGGGCGGUGAAGAGCCUGGAGUGGGGCAGAGGAGCCGCGGAGACGAGGGAGGCCCACAGCCUGGCGCUGGUGCGGAUCUGGGCGGUGUACUGGCUCUUCGGCCACGUGAACUGGGGCGGCGAGGAUUCUCCCUGGGUGAAGUGGUGGUCUCCCCAGCUCAUCCCAGGCGGAGAAACCGAGCCGGCGCACAUCGUGAUGCGCUUGAUGCUUCUGCUGCUGGGGCUGGGCAUUUGGGCGCCGCUCUGGGCCACCGUCGCUGCAUCAGGUUUCGUCUUCGCAUGCACCCGAAAGUCCUUCGACCCUGACUGCCCCACCCAGUGUGUCGCUAUCUUGAUGCUGGUGUUGGCGUACACGCCCUGUGACCAGAGCUACAGCGUGAGCGCCUGGUUGCGGCAGAAGUUCCCACAGACCCGAGCGGUUCUGGGAGGCGUGGAGCCGGGCUCGAUCUGGGCCAAGAGCCUCAUGCGGCUGCACAUGAGCCUCAUGUACUUCUGCGCUGCAACCUUCAAGAUCCAGCCCUAUUGGCUCAACACCGACGGCGGGACUCUCUACAAGGAGGUGCACAUCUUCGACCUGGGCCCCUUGCGGGACGUGUGGCACUUGGUGCUGAGCUCCGAGGGCUCCAUGCGCUUCGUGGCGCACGUCAUGGGUCUGUCGGUGAUCGUGGUGGAGAUCGCCGUGGCCUUUGGGUUUUGGAGCAAGACCUGGCACCUGCACUUCCUGGGCAUCGCGGCCGCGAUGCACCUCACCAUGUCCAUCCUGUGCGGGCAGCUGGGUGGCUUCACCCAGGCCUGCUGGCUGGGUCUGAUGGGUGCCUCUUCGGAUGCGCGCUUUGAGAAGGCCCUCGCCGAGCCCAAGAACUUUGCCAUCGUCUGCCUCGGCGGCAUUGCUCUCUUCGCUGGGAUGGGGGACGCCUUCGAGCUGUCCAACCCCCCCGUUUGAGGCUCGCUCGAGGCCCGCACACUCCUCUCUUCCCAACAAAGAUGCUCCGCCCCAAAAAGG